AUGGAACAGCCGACACCAUCCAAACUUCUCAUAAUGCGGUCGCGCUCCGCCAUUGUCCCUCCGUGUUUCCCCCGGGAGGCCCUGGCUUUGUCUGAGGCACUUUUACCUCAGGGGACUGAACACACACAGACGAACACGGGAGCGCGCAGAGACGUCCACAGCACAGGCGGGAGCGUGCACGGAAGUUCCAGAGUUUUAAAGUUGGAGCAGGUGGACGAGGGCAAAGCUGCAGUAAUCCCCAACGCAAUGCGCCAAAACUUUAUCUGCAGCUCAGAUCGCAAACGAGAAGCUGUCUGA